ACAUCCGAGACCACGGCAAAGGAGGGUUUGGACGGAGGAAAGUGUGAAUUGGGAGGAAUCAUCUGCAAACGUCUGUAGAGAAUCCAUUUAAAGCCGAGUUGAAUGUGUAUUUAACGUUAAGCAGUCAUCUCGUGAAAAUGUUGCAAAGAAUUAUAAAAGUACGAAGCACUGCUGUGUCUCCAUUUUUAAGUCAACAGUGCCACACCUCAGCAGAUAUUCUAAAAGGCUCUUGGUAUCCACCCCAUCAGUAUCAUCAACAUGACCAAGAGAAAGGCAUGCAUAUAUCAUCUACAUUACCAUUAGACGAAUCUCCACCAAAGAAAGCGAAGGUUGUGAUAUGUGGUGGAGGGAUGGUGGGCACUUCUUUGCUCUAUCACUUGGCAGAGCUGGGAUGGGGUGCUGAUACUGUUUUGGUUGAUCAAGCAAGGAUUGGUGCUGCAUCAUCAUGGAGAGGUUCAGGUUUCCUUGGUGGAGUAAAAUUAAUCAAAACAGAGAUGAACAUUCUACGUACCUCUAAAAAACUUGUUAAACAGUUGUCAGAAGCGGGACAUGACACUGGUUGGAAGCAGUGUGGAUCCCUCCACCUUGCUAGAACCCGAAACAGAAUGACACAUUUUCGUAAAAUGAAGGCAAUUGCAGAGGCAAGAGGAACUGAAUGUUAUAUGUUAACUCCUGAGGAAGUAGCCAAAAAAUGUGAUAUUCUUCACACAUCAGAUAUUCUAGGUGGUAUGUGGGUCCCAAAAGAUGGAGCAUGUGACCCAUACAAGCUUUGCUAUACUCUUCUGAAGUUAGCUAUUGAAAAAGGUACACAUGUUGUAGAGAAGUGUCAAGUAACCCGUAUCAUCGUUCACAAUCAGCGUGCAGUUGCUGUUGAAACUACCAAAGGAAUUAUAGAAUGCGAUUAUGUUAUUAACACUGGUGGUCUGUGGGCUAGAAAUGUAGGCCAACUAACAGAGCCUCAUGUAAAAGUUCCUGUACACCCAGCAGAACACUACUUCUUAUAUACAUAUCCUAUUGCAGAAAUUGAUCCUCAGAUGCCAGCAAUACGUGACCCAGAUGGGAACAUCUAUCUGCGUGAAUAUAACGGUGGACUUAUGGGAGGAGGAUUUGAAAAAUGGGCUAAGCCGGCUUUUGAGCAUGGAAUACUUCCAGAUGAUGUAGAGGAAAGAGACCAGUUAGAAGACUGGGACCAUUUUCAUAUCCUUUUGAAGGAAAUGCUUCACCGUAUCCCUGUCAUGAAGAAUGCUGUACUGGGCCGCUUGUACAAUACAGCUUAUGGCUUUUCACCUGACCAUAGAUGGAUAAUAGGGAUGUCACCUGAAUUGUCAAAUUACUUUGUAGCCACUGCCCUAAGAAGUGGUGGAAGCAAUGCUGCUGGGGGAAUAGGUUCUCUGCUAGCUGACUGGAUUGUUAGUGGCAUUUCACCCAUGGAUGCAUACGAUUUAGACAUUCUUCGCUUUCUACCUGCACACAAUAACAGAAGAUUUCUACUAGACCGUGUUAGAGAAGUUCCAGGAUUGCACUAUGGUAUUGCAUUCCCUUUUGGGGAUUGUGAGACAGGAAGAUGCAUAAGAAUGUCCCCAAUCUUCCCCAAGUUGAAGGCAGCUGGGGCUGUGUUUGGUCAGGUUAUGGGAUACGAGCGGCCAAGUUAUUUUGACCCUGCAAAAAGCUUGGACUCUACAGUUGCUGGAGACAGUGAACACUCUGCUCUAUUCCAUAUGGCAUAUUCUGAUACCUGGACCAAGCCACACUGGUUUGAUUUUGCUGGGGAAGAGUAUGCUGCAUGUAGGGAGCGUGUUGCUAUACUGGAUUACUCUUCGUUUGCAAAGUUUGAUAUAUGGUCAAAAGGGAACGAAGUCGUCCAAGCACUUCAGUACCUGUGUAGCAACGAUGUAGAUAUACCAGUUGGAGGCAUCAUACAUACUGGAAUGCAGAACUCACUUGGAGGUUAUGAAAAUGAUUGUUCACUUGCACGAAUUGCUCCUAAUCAUUAUAUGAUGAUUGCACCCAGUAUCCAGCAGACAAGAUGUAGCACAUGGUUAAAGCGUAAUUUACCAGGAGAUGGUUCAGUUGUAAUGAGUGAUGUUACAUCAAUGUAUACUGCUAUUUGUUUAAUGGGACCACUGGCUCGAAGUGUAUUGUCUGAGUUGACAGACAUAGACCUGUCAACCAAAGCUUUCCCAUUCUUCUCAUUCAAGGAGUUAGACGUUGGGCUUGCUAAUAGUAUUCGAGCCAUGAAUCUUACUCACACAGGGGAGCUUGGCUGGGUGUUAUACAUUCCAAAUGAGUAUGGUCUCCAUGUAUAUAACAACCUGGUUUCAAUAGGAAAAAAAUAUGGUAUGAGACAUGCUGGUUAUUAUGCCAUGCGGUCGCUAAGAAUAGAAAAGUUCUAUGCAUUUUGGGGACAAGACCUGGAUUCAACCACAACACCACUUGAAUGUGGCAGAGGGUUUAGAGUCAAAUUGAAUAAGGACAUUGAUUUCAUUGGAAGAGAAGCUCUAGUACAGCAGAAGGAAGAGGGUGUUAAACGCUUAUACGUACAGCUGCAGCUUGAAGAUCACAACAUAGAAGUAGACCCUUGGGCUUGGGGAGGUGAACCAAUUUACAGGGAUGAUCGUUUUGUAGGAGUCACCACCACAACAGGCUUUGGCUACACCCUUCAGAACUUGAUUUGCCUUGGGUUUGUUCGCAACUUUAAUGAAAAAGGAGAAAUGGAUUUUGUGACUCCAGAAUAUGUAAUGGCUGGGAACUAUGAGGUUGAUAUUGCAGGUGUACGAUAUUCUGCAACUGUUAGAUUGAGAUCUCCAACUCUGCCAACCAAAUUUCCUGAACCCCAACUUGAUAGAUAUUUGGCAACAAGGAUUUCAUCUUAGGUCUAUAGCAAGUAUUGCAGAUCACUUUGCUAAUUUGCACAUUUCUUUAGAUCUGCUUAUAUGUUAUGCAGCAUGUCUUUUUACUGUAAAUGAUAAGUCUUCUGUACCAUCAAUUUCUGAUAAUGACAUUGUGUAAAUUAUUGUUGAAAUGAUGAAUUUCAGUGAGAGUAGCCAUAGUAUUUGGUUUGGUGUUUGGCUUCUAGUUACUUGGGAGUGCUUGGAGGUGCUUUGUAUAGAAUGAAAAAUUAAUUAAAUUAGAAGACUAGAAAUCACAAAAUGUGCAUAAUCUAAAUGUAUUUGUUUGAAUAGCAUUUGGAUUAUUGUAUAAAAUCAUCAUAGCUAAAUACUUCAACUUAAAUUACUGAACUGACUUUCAUCUUUGAUAUAGGAAAAAUAUCCCUUGUAUAAGAUAGAACUGUUUUAUAAUUUGGCUCUGCAUUUAUUGUAAAGGAAUUUUUUUAUAUAAUGCACAAAACAUGAUACAUUUUCAGAGCUAACUCAGCAACUUUAAGUAUCAAUUCAUGAUCAGGUGAUUGAUUGUAUAAAAACAUAUCUUUCUUCGCAGUAUAGCAAGAAACAUUUGAGAAAUUAUUGUAAAUAGGUUCGUGUUAUAGGUAUAGAAUACUGAUGAAUUUGUGCAAUUUAUGCUAGCAUUCUAGUCCAAAAGUAUUGUAGUUUACUAAAAACCGUACAUUAUGAAAACUAAUUGCAGAGUUUUAAGUAUACCUUGUAAAGUGAAAAGAUACUUAUAGCAAAUGUUGAGCAUUGGAGCUAUAUUACACAUGUGAUAUAUAUAUACACCUUUUUUGUAUAUUAUGAUAAUUUUUAUAUCUAGAGGCUGGUAAAAAAAGCAAAAUGGUUUACUAUAACAAAGGUCACUUCUCUAAUGAAACUUAUAGAUAAGAAAGUAGACACAGUGUUUGCUUUCAUGUGAUGUAUUAGAGAUUGGCUUGUACUGAUGCUGGUUAUUCAGGAGUGCUUUAUUUCAUAUAAUACUUCUCUUUAGUAUCAGCAUCUUAUG